AUGAGCUUGGGAGACGACGAUGCUUUUUCAGACGCAGGCUUCCAAGAUUACAUAGCAAAGGCUCCCCAGCGCCUGCUGACGCACAUCCGGGAAGGGACGUCGGACGAGGAGAGCAGGACCAUGAUAAGGAAGUGCAUAGCGGAGCUAGAGCAGCAGCAGAUCUUUCCUUUCGACGUCAACUUCUUCAACUUCGCCGUGUCGGGGGAUUGGCAGCUCCUGUACUCGACCUCUCGCCUCCUCUCGCCCGACACCAACCUCAAGGUCAGAGACAUCAGGAGCAGGAUCGACGGAGGGGCGCGGGAGUUGGUGCAUCAGGCAAGGUGGGAGUACCGGGAGGAUGUGACGGGGCAGGCAGAAGAGUUGAGGACGCGAGGCCUGUUCGAGGUGAAGUGCUCUUACAACAUGAGUGAGGCCCCCAGCGUUCCCACCCGCAUGAUCAUCUCAGUGGAAGAGCUUCGACUGACUCCUGAGCCUCUCAACAGACCUCCAAAGAACCCUGAAGCUCUCGUAGGAGCUCUGCAGCGAGCCCUGCCGAAAGAGUUCUUCGAUCCUGAUGAGGCGCUCAUGGACACGACCUACCUGGACCCGCAGGUGCGGCUUGUCUGCUACCUUGGGAAGAGAUUUGCUGGCGUUCGUCAUGUGUAUUGUCGGCCAGAGCCAGAGAAAGAGGUUGAGCGCUGGUCAACGUCAGAAUGA